AUGGGACAGACGCUGUCUCAGCCGAUAGUUACAAAGGAGUCGGAAGAGGGCGAGGAUGAUUGUGUGGUGUAUGGGCUGUCGGCGAUGCAGGGAUGGAGGAUCUCGAUGGAAGACGCUCACGCUGCUGUGCUGGAUCUUCAGGCCAAAUACUUGGACAAGAGCCACGGGCCGACCAGUCCUGAUAAGCGUCUGUCCUUCUUUGGCGUAUACGACGGCCAUGGCGGGGAGCAGAUGGCGCUCUAUGCGGGCGAGCAUGUCCACCGGAUCGUGGCCAGGCAGGAAUCCUUUGCCAGAGGCGACAUCGAACAGGCUCUCAGAGACGGCUUUCUAGCUACGGACCGUGCCAUCCUAGAGGACCCCCAAUACGAGAAUGAAAUCUCUGGCUGCACAGCUUCGGUUGCUAUAAUUUCAAGGGACAAGAUUAGAGUGGCGAACGCCGGAGACUCGAGAUCCGUCUUGGGUGUCAAGGGAAGAGCAAAACCGCUCUCAUUCGACCAUAAACCGCAGAACGCAGGCGAGAAGGCACGGAUAAGCGCUGCGGGCGGCUUCGUCGACUUUGGCAGAGUCAAUGGGAACCUGGCCCUCUCUCGAGCCCUGGGUGACUUUGAAUUCAAGCGCGCCGCAGAUCUAACUCCCGAGCAGCAGAUUGUAACUGCCAACCCCGAUGUCACAACUCAUGAGGUUACCGAAGAUGAUGAAUUCCUAGUUGUUGCCUGUGAUGGAAUAUGGGACUGCCAGUCGUCGCAGGCCGUAAUAGAAUUUGUCAGGAGAGGCAUUGCUGCGAAACAGGAGCUAUACCGUAUCUGUGAGAACAUGAUGGAUAACUGUCUCUCCUCGAACCCGGAGACCGGUGGCCUGGGCUGUGACAACAUGACCAUGGUCAUCAUAGGGCUACUACACGGCAAAACCAAAGAGGAGUGGUACAAUACCAUUGCCGAGAGAGUCGCAAAUGGAGAUGGCCCCUGUGCUCCACCGGAAUAUGCGAGUUUCCGUGGCCCGGGCGUCCGUCAGCAGUUUGACGAAGGGGCUGAUGGAUAUGAUUCAGCCGGCCCAGCCGGCCGGUCUGGAAGAAUCAUCCUCCUUGGAGACGGUACUGAGAUGCUAACAGAUAUGGGCGACGAAGACAUGUUCGAUAGCGCGGAUGAGGAUAAGGAUCUAGAAAGCCAAGUCCGGAGAGAAGCCACCGAAGAAGACAAGGACGGAGAGAAGCCUCGGGAGCCCGAACAAAAGGAACGAGAGGGCAUGACGGGUCCGCAGGCCAGCCAACGGUCAACGGCCUCCUCCAGCGAAGGCCUGACCGAAUCCCCCCGUGUCAUCUCUGCCUCCCCCCUUCCAACCGCCGACUCUUCGCCCAACUCCGUGUCAGACACCAGCAAACCGCCCUCCUCGUAG